UAAAAUGAUACUGGUUCUUCUUUAAACCUCGUUCACAUUGUUAAUGAAAGUCCUUAUCCCAUCUCUUUGAACGUCUCUCCGUUGAAGAUUGUUUUUCAAAACUGUCUUUUGAGUUUAGGGUCUAGUCUCUUGCGAGCGAAUGUAUGGACGACAGAGAUUCAGCGGAACAGAAACAUAAAAAUCUCAUCGAUCAUCUUUAAUAAAUCCAGUUUCUUCACAGCUCUACAACAGCAUGAGGAACGUGUUGCUCUUUGUGUUUUUAAUAUUAAUGCACGGUGUGUCUGCUACAGAGACGGAUGAAUCUGAGUCAGUGACAGUGAUGGAGGGAGAUUCUGUCGCUCUGCACACUAACCUUUCUGAACUACUGAACGAUGAUACAAUACUGUGGAUGUUAGGACCUAAAGAUUCUGUCAUAUCUCAAAUAAAGAGAAAGCAUGACUUGACCUCAUUUUUUGUCACCGAUGAUGCUGGAUUCAGUGGCAGAUUGCAGGUGGAUCAAAAGACUGGAUCUCUCACCGUCACAAACACCAGAAUCAAACACUCGGGACAAUAUAAACUCACCAUCUCUAGAGAAAAGACUACGACAAAGACAUUUAAUGUGACUAUCAUUGGUGUGGUUGUUGAGAUGGAUGGAGUGAAAUCAGUGUCAGUAUCAGUGACAGAAGGAGAUCCUGUCACUCUACGUAUCGAUGCUGAAACACACAAAGAUGCUCUGAUGCUGUGGAGGUUUGGAGAUAAGGGAAUCCUCCUCGCUAAAAUCGAUAGUGAAACAGGUGAAAUCUCAUUGAAGAGUGCUGAUGAGAGAUUCAGAGAUCGACUGCAGCUGAAUCAGAACGGAUCUCUGACUAUCAAGAACAGCAGGAGUGAACACGCUGGACUUUAUGAGCUGCAGAUCAGAGGCCGUGAGAGCUCACAGCGCUUCCUUCUUUCUGUCAAUGCUGUCCCAGACCCAGGUCUUUCUUCAGGUGCUAUAGCAGGAAUCUUUUUUGGUGUUUUAGUUCCUGUUUUGCUGCUUGUGGCUGCAGCUUUGGCUCUGAUUUACUAUCGCCACAGGAUCUCUAAAUUAAAAAAGCAAGUGGCCGUGUCAGGUGAAGAGAAAAAAGAGACAGUGACGGAGGGAGAUUCUCCAACUCUACACACUGGCCUCACUGAAAUAAAUGCUAAUGAAAUGAUAGAGUGGUGCUAUGAAGCUGAAGACAAUCGCAUUGCUGAAAUCAAUGGAGGGACCAGAAGGUCAUCUACAUUUGCGGGUGCUGAUGGGAGAUUCUGGAGCAAACUGAUGCUGGAUGAUAGAACUGGAGAUCUCACUAUCAGUAACAUCAGAACCAUUCACGCUGGACUCUAUAAACUAAACAUCAGCAACAUCAGCGGGAGCACAAUCAAAACCAAACACAAGAGAUUCAUUCUUACUGUCAAAGUGGAGUCGAUGUCAGUGAAGGAGGGAGCUUCUGUCCUUCUCCAGACUGCUGCUGAGAUUCAGACGGAUGAUCUCAUAGUGUGGACGUCUGGAGCUCAAAACCGUCUCGUUGUUAAAAGUGAUUCAGGAAAGACGAUGUUUGGUAAGCGAUUUAGAAACCGAGUGAAUCUGAACACGAUGACUGGAUCGCUGACCAUCACAAACAUCAGACUCACGGACUCUGGACAUUUUAAACUGCAAAUCAUCAACAGCGAACAGACCACAUUCAAAAGAUACAAUGUGACUGUCACUGAUUCCACAGCUGAAGGAGUGAUUGAACAAACGACUGUAGUGACGCCGCUGUUGAAUGGGGAAGUUACUGAUGGAGGGAACGAGCAGCAGGCGACCAGUCCAGUUUGAUGAGAUAAGACACGCCCACCACUAUGACAUCCUCCACAAUCAGCCCCAACAGCAUUUCUGCUGUCAGUGAAAAAUGUGAAAAACACUGACAAAAAGUUGCAGUGAUUUCUUGUGUGAUGAGCACAUGACAAACAGCAGGUUACACAAGAUGUGAUAUCUGACACGGAACAAGCAGAGAGUGUUGAGCCUCAAAGUAAACCAUUUUCUGUCCACACUGAGGGCGCUUUGAUGACACUACUGUGAACUGAUCCGCGGUGAUACAACUAUCACAUCACUACUGGAAUAGCUGUAUCUAUAUUGUUUACUACAUCUGAACCAGUUCCAGACAGUCAAGAUGAUGCAAGAACAGGCAAACACUGAACCAUUUGUCACUUAAAACACUACUUUGAUUAAACUUCGUCAGUUAGAGAUCAGAGAAAGUCUCCAUUUCAAGGUUUUGUUGUCAUGUUGACUGAUGAUGAUGAUGAUGCCGCUUCUUUAAUAAUAACACUUGUUGAAUUUGUGCUGGACAGACGCUGAAAAUGGUUAUUCAGUAAACUCUGCCCAUCUUCACUUUGUCUUCUGCUCUUUCCUGCCUCUGUUGACACAUUUUAAAGCCAGUGAGAGAUCGGUUAAAACUGAAUUAUGCUAUUCAGUCACAAGAUGGAGGUGAAGCAGAGUCAUCUGCAUUAGGAUAUUAAAAUUAUUAGUCAUAUUUUGCAAUAAUCCUGAAAGCAUCCAGUCACUGGUAAAAUGUUUAAUAUGAUAUAAUGAAAGGUGCGAUUUAUAUUUUGCUUGGAGAUAUUGGUAAUUUUUUUACAAAGAUUGCACAUUUCAGUUGUUAAGGCCUUGUUUCUCCAGGCUCUGUCACUAGGUGGUGCUACAGCAGGGUCUUUAGGAGAGACACGUGAUCCUCUCAAACCGAAGGCUGCGCCCUUUUUUUCUCUAAUGUAUAUUUAUUAAAAACAUGAGUAGUAUUCUAUGCUUUGUUAUUAACAAAUGUUCUCCAAAUUGGUGCAGUAGUCCUUAAGAAGAAAAUGGAUGAAAUUUGGCUUGGAUCCUGACCAUUUCUUCUUAUGUAUGUGA